CCGGGAUACGCCAAGAAGAGGAUGCGUUUGGUGUUCAUUGGGAAAGAAAAUUCCUUUGUUGUUGCGUUAUAAUUUGUUUACGGCGUCUGUAGUCAACAUUCUCCUUAUGAGAUCCGUCGGUUUUGCAUAGUAAGUUCGGAUCUUAGGCAACUCAGUGUGUGUUAGGUGUCAAGAUCAGGUAUCAGCAUCAUCAGUGGACUUUUGUACAAUGACAUGGUGCAGUUAACUACUUUUCUGCUUCACCAUUUUAUUGUCCUUCGCUGAUGGACUGUUUGCUGCUUGGUCGUCUUUAUUCUCAUCGACUUCUUAUCUUUCAUCGUACGUUUUAACCGAGGGUGCAGAAGGAAGAAAUUUCUCAAGUAUCUAAAGCCGAAGAUCCCUCGCACAACAGUCGAAAAUGAGCGUCAUAAUCAGACUACAGAACUUGGCGUGGUCCGCCAACGCUCUGGACAUUCGCCAAUUUUUCAGAGGUCUGAGCAUACCGGAAGGAGGAGUCCAUAUUGUCGGUGGCGAGCUGGGGGAUGCGUUCAUCGCCUUCAGCACCGACGAGGAUGCCCGGCAGGCGAUGAUGCACGAUGGCGGCAAGAUCAAGGAGAUGAAGAUCAAGCUGUUGCUGAGCUCCCGGACGGAGAUGCAAAAAGUGAUCGAGGCGGCGAGGCAACAGACGUUGAGCCUGCAGUCGUUCAUGCAGACGGCACCGGUCGCCGUUUCGACGGUGGUCCAGAAGCCAGGAUCCCCUGGCGACAGAAGGGACAAGGAGAAGGAUAACGACAGCGAGUCCAGCAAGGACCGCAAGGACAGACGCGACAGAUCGCGAUCGAGGGACAGAUCGAGGUCUCGCGAUCGCGACAGGGACAGAGACAGGCGCGACAGGGACAGGGGACGGGACCGCAGACGUCGGGACAGGAGCAGAUCGCGCGACAGGGAAAGAGACAGGAGAGACAGACGUCGUCGUCGGGAUCGAUCCAGGUCGCGCGAUCGUACACGGUCCAGAGACAGAGACACCAAGCGUAGCUCGACCGCGGAGCGUCGAAAGGACGCGACCGACGACGACAACAACGACGUAGUUUGCGUGGGCCAGUUUCACAAAGACAAACCAGUAGCAAACGCGAAGAAACCGUUGGAGAACGGUAUCUGGGAGGUUCCUCCGCAGACGCAGAUGCAAGCAGCCAUGUUAGCGCCGGGAAUUUUGGGCGCUGGGGUCGCUGCUCUGGCGCAGGAUGGCGAACCACGACCUUUGACCUUCAGUAGCUCCGUGAUCGGGCAGCAGUCGAUGCUCCAACAGAACCAGUUCUCCGUGAACGGGAUAAACGGCGUGGGUAGCCUGAUGCAGUCUCACGUGCAAACGCUCAGUCACACCGUAGGUAUGAACACGAUCUCUCAAAACAUAGGCAGCACGAGUCUGCCUAGCCUAACCACCGCGGUCGGUGCGUUGACCCGAUCCAAAGAGUCUUGGAACCAAAGCGGCGAACCAGCCAGAGUGGACCAGGCGAGGUUCCCCACCAGAACCGGCCAAUUUGGAACAGACAUGUAUGGCACAAACGGUUCGAUGAACUACAGGCCAACGAUCAGACCUAACAAUCCGUUCAUGAGCAAGGUGCAGGAACUGGAGGGUCGCCGUAAUCCGCACGCCUUCCAGGCGAACAGUUCCCAGUACGGUUUCGACGGUGAUAGGUCGGCGGCGAACCGCGGCUCGACCAACAGCACCUCGAGAUUCUCUAACGAGAACAAGAGCAGUAGUGGUGUCGGUAAUUGCGUGGAGGUUCGCAACAUGCCGUUGAGCGCCACGUACAACGACGUACGUCACGCUUUCCAGGGGAUCUACAUCAGGAAGGACGGGCUAAAAUUGAUAAACGACAAUCAUGGGAACCGCGUCGGGAUCGCGUACGUCAAGUUCAGCAAAGCUGAGGGCAAAGAACUCGCGUUGAGUACGGCGAGAUACGUCCGCGGGUCCGAGGUCGAAGUGCUUCACCUGGACGAGAGCAUCUUCGACAAAGCAGUGGACUCUUACUCGCCGGAGAAGGAGAGGGAUCGUGGGGACGACAACCUCGAGGACGUGAGGUCCUCGGCGUGCAUCGUCCUGACCGAUCUACCGACCUUCACCAAGGAAAUGGACAUCGCGAAGCUCUUCCACGAUUGGAAAAUCAACGAUCUGUUCAUCACGACGACCAAAGAGUCCGUUGGCAUGCAAUGCAUGGCCUACGUUCAGUUUGCCAGAAUAGAGGAUGCCAAGGCGUCCGUGAACACGUCGCUGAAGAUAGGCAGCAAGCCCGUGACCGCGACAGCGAUCACGGAGGACAAGUUCGCGCAAGCGAAACGCGAUCACGAGCAGAACAGCAUGAACCAGACCGCCACCUCCGACUGCGUGAUAAUGCGCGGUCUGCCGUUCCAGACUAUCGAUCGCGACAUCCUCGACUUCUUCUCCGACAUCGGGAUCGUGCCCCACAGAAUACACAUGCUGCUCAAUCAGAGCGGGAAGCCAGCCGGCGAGUGUUUCUGCGAGUUCGACACCACCGACGAGGCCCUCAGAGCAACCGCGAAGAACGGAUUACCGUUCGGCAAGAACGUACCGACCAUAGAGCUGGUCCCGCGAGCCAAGAUGCUGGAAACGUUAGGUAUGGUGGACCCACAGAUCAUGGAGACGCAACAGCAGCACUUCCCGCCGCUCCAAGAGCAACGACCGCGAUUCUCCGGACCUAUGAACCACCUGCCGCGGUUUGGAAACUCCGGAUUCGGACCCAGGUGUCCGCCAGGUCUGAUGGGCAUACCGAGGCACCUGCUGGGUAGACAUCCCGGCUCCAUGGACUACGUGGAGGGCUUCGGGAAGCCUGGCUGCGUCCUGUCCCUCGAGAACGUUCCUUUCAAGGCCGACAUCAACGAGAUCAUCGAGUUCUUCGGCGACUUCGACGUGAAGAGGGAGAACGUGAUACGACGAUACAACGAAAGGGGUAUGCCUACAGGCGACGCCAGGGUAGCAUUCGCGUCGCCGAGCGAAGCACAGAGGGCGCUCAGAGAUCUCAAGCAUUGCAAGAUGAGGGAUCGUACAAUAUACAUGAAACUCGCGUGAACGAUGUCCGAGGAACAUGGAGGGGGUAGCUCCGAAUCGCAUUCCUCGAGGCUGAGAAGGUAACGGAUGCGGUCGAAAGAUCCAGGGAUCACGCGACCGAUCGACCAAUAGUUACUCCGGUCCCAGGACCAAGGUACAGCGAAUCGGUUCGAAUCGUGUGCUCGACGAAGAAGAAGAAGACGGUUCUUCGUUGACGAGAUGCUCGUCGUUGAUUCGCAAUCUUUUGUUUUCUCUUUUCAUUUGUACAUAGAAGACACGGCUUCUAGGAAGGUAACCUUUGUUUUGCGUCGCUCUGACGUCAUCGAGUAGCUCGUUGGUAGCAUCAUUCGCACGAUCUUGUGCAAAGUUGGUCUUCGGCCGGAAGUACGAGCGUUUGUUGUCGCUGACCAAAGGUAAACGUACCAUGGACGCAAGUGUGGGUGUUUGUUCGCCAACCUCGGUGUUUACUCGAAGCUUAGAGAAUAUUAGCGAGCGACAGUGGUGUCAUUUUGUUUUCUAGUUAUUUUUAAGAGACCGACCUCACCGCUCAAAAUUCCAUUUUAUUUUUUCUUUUCUUACCAUCGAUACGUAAGCACAUUUUUUUUUUUUAAAUUCUUACCACGAACAUUAUUGUCGAUUGUUGCCUUUUUUUUUAUUGAAAUUCGGAACGAUUUCGUUUUAUUCCAUCGAUCGUCAACUGCGUUGUAAUAUUCCCAUAUCCAUUAACUGUGCGUUAAGGUUUGUACAUAUGAUGUAAAUUAUCUUGAACUUGGGAUCUGUGCCGCGUUGCUUCCUUCUAUAAAUUUCUGUUAGGCGCGUGAACCAUUCGCCUGCUUUUUUACCGAGCGAGUGUUCCAAAGAAAUCGCGGUAACGAGAACAGUAAAAAGGCUUCUUUUAUCUAAUUUCAAAAGCAAUAUUUUUAAUCCGUUGGGUAUGCGAAAGCAUCGGCGAUUACAGAAUUCCAUUGCACGUUAUACUUGUGGAGGCGCACUCGUGUACGCCAUUUAAUCAUAUCAUGAAACGUUCGACGUCGCUGCAAAUGGAACGUUUCGUAGGAACAAUAACGCGUAAAUAUAAGAAGAAACAAAUGUAUACAAAAAGUACAAAGUUCGAGCAUAUACACAAGCGCAUUUUUGCUCUGCACUCGACUUACGAUCGUUGUGAAACUGCUCGUCAAAGGUACAAAGUCGAAUGCGGUGGAAAUUAGGGGAACAAUUGGCACACCGUAUUUUCUACCAGCAAUUUAUGUAUGUACAUUACAUAUAUUACGUUGCAUCGGUUUGUAUAUAGAUGAUAUAUAUAAAGAAAGACAGAGAGGGAAAGAAGUAUAAAUAUAGGUAAUAAACGAAUACAAUAUAUGCUCCACAUCAAUGUAAAGUAAUAUUUAUACGGCAAAUGAAUCGAUGAAAUCUAGGUGUACUUAAUCGUUCAUUUUACCCUAUGUUUCUCUUCAGUAUAAGUACCUUGAAGACUUCAAUAAAUUUGUAUUUACAUCGGCAA